UACACAAGACAGGAACGAGUUACGGGAACGAGUUACAUUUUGCUGAAGAAUAUAUAGCGGAAAGAUAGUCAGAAUGGAAGAAAAGGGGAAGCUAGAAAGCAGCGUUUCCCCGAUUCCCCUUAUCAGUUAAGAGAGACUGCACUCGCCGCUUUGUUGUUUGUCCCUGCAGGGCUGAUUGAGCAGCGCGUGACUGACAGCCCGCGGGGGUGUUGUCCAAUCAGCGGUCUACCCGCGCCCAAUGGGUGAGUCCGCGCGCCCAUUGGCUGAGGCGAGUGUGGGAAAGAAUGCAGAGCGGGUUUCACACGAACCGGGAGCACGCGCGCUGUCUAUAAAUACCGCCGGCGUGUGGCAGAGGGAGACUCGCCUCGGCUCGCGCGUACUCAUAUGUCACUUCGACUUUUAAGUGAUAGCAGCUGGGACUUGUGCUGUUUUCACUCUGCUGACCAUCACAAGAGCUCGGUCACCUUUAGCAUCCCGAUUCCGCCCCUGUUUUCAACACUUCCGACGGAAUAUAUAUAUAAAACAACUUUGUUUUCUUACGGAUAAAAGUUUCAAUAAUGCCAGCUGAUUCUAUGGAGAAACAGACCGCGUCUCCGAUUGCUGGUGCUCCUGCAAACGGAACACACACCCCGGACAAACCAAAGAAUGCCAGUGAGCACAGAAAGUCUUCAAAGCCAAUCAUGGAGAAACGCCGUAGAGCAAGAAUCAACGAAAGCCUGGGCCAACUCAAGACCCUUAUUCUCGAUGCUCUUAAAAAAGAUAGUUCGAGACACUCUAAAUUGGAGAAGGCUGAUAUUCUCGAGAUGACAGUGAAGCACCUAAGGAACUUGCAGAGAGUUCAGAUAACUGCUGCCAUGUCAACUGACACCGCAGUCCUGAGUAAAUACCGCGCAGGAUUCAGCGAGUGCAUGAACGAGGUGACGCGCUUUCUGUCCACGUGUGAAGGCGUCAACACUGAGGUGCGCUCGCGGCUCCUGAACCACUUGUCCGGCUGUUUGGGACAGAUGAUGGCCUUGAAUUACCCUCCGGCUGCCCCAGCCCAGCAUCCUCACCUAACGCAGCCUCUGAACGUGCAACUUCCCUCCUCCGCAGUGAGCUCCAAGCUGAGCCCAUCUGAAGCGGUGCCGUCCAAGGUGUUCGGGGGAUUCCAGCUGGUGCCCGCCACUGACGGACAGUUCGCCUUUCUCAUCCCUAAUCCUGCUUUUGCCUCCGCUACGACCCCGGUCAUCCCUCUCUAUGCUAACGCUGGAGUUCCUGUGGCUGUCAGCGCGAGCCCUGUGCACGCGAGCUCAGCUCCUCCAGCGGUGUCCCCUGUCCAGGGCAUGACUUCAUUCGUCGGUGUUUCUCAAGCUGUGAGUCCGGUUGCUGUGAGCGCAGGUCCCGAGAGCAACGAGCCGGUGUGGCGGCCCUGGUAGACCUCCGUGCAUCAUGAAUAAUAAAAUGUCGAGUUCCGUUUUAUGGGACUGUUUAACACUUUAGUUGAACAUGUUGUUCGUUUUGAAAUGUUACCUGUUUCCAAUAUUUGGAACUGUUUGAUACAUAUGAUGUUAAGCCCAUAGAAAAACACUCAGAAGUACUUUUUAUUAAAUAAUUUAGUUUUGUACAAAGUUUGUAAAAGAUGCCAAAGUGUUACUGUCAUGUUUUCAUUCUGAAUGUUUGACGUUGAAUAAACAUUAAUAACAAACUUC